AUGGUCAGUCAGGUCCGCCUAGCCAAAGUACUCGUCGAUGGUGGCAGCACCCUCGACAUCAUCUUCGCCAGCACGUUGGAGAGCAUGGGCUACGACAUGACUACCCUGGUGCCAUCCGACCAGUCCUUCUAUGGCAUCAUCCCCGGAGCUAGGUCGACUCCGAUCGGCCGGGUCACCCUGCCGGUCACCUUCGGCACCCGCAACUACCGCACCGAGUACGCCAACUUUGAGGUCGCCGAGUUCGAGACCUCCUUCCACACCAUCCUGGAAAGACCCUCCCUCGCCAAGUUUAAGGCGAUUCCCAACCACACAUAUCUUCUCUUGAAGAUGCCAGCUCCAAAGGGGGUGCUCUCGGUCUACGGAGAUCUGCAGACUUCCUACGCGUGCGAGGCCGAGAACAUCAAGCUCUCCGACACCCUGGAAUGA